AUGCAUCUGCUAGACAUCCCCAACAAGCAUGUUGCAGCAUUAGCCAGCAUCCUACAGUUCCGACCCGACGAAAGCGCAGCAGUCCGCUCCAAACGCAUCAGCAAAGAUGCCAAAGCGCUCCCAUCCCUACUCCGCCCCAGUCGGCUGGAACGAAUGCUCCUCCCUCCGCUAGGACACCUCUGCAAGAUACACAAGAACCUGGACUUUUCCGCGGUCCAAGUGGUAUUGCAACAUAUGCAGCUCGAGGUCGGCGAGCGGCUCAACAACCUCGUCUGGAAAGGCGAACUGCUGGACCGUGAGCAGCUCAGCCGCGUGACAAGACUGAGGUCGUUGCAUGCCCUGUGGCUCCCGCCAGCGGAAUAUGAAAUGACCUUCUUGGCUUCGACGCGCGACUUGAGAUGGCGGUACCAGCAGGACCAAUGCGAGGCAUGUAUUGUCUCUCACAUCACCAGCGAUUUGGAGGUCUUGUUGGAUCUUCGAUGCGCAGUUCGGUCGCGGGCGACGAGCAAAUUGCUGGCCAAGCAUGGCGAUCCAAGACUCCUGGUGUGGGUGCAUGCGUGGGUCGAUAUUCUGGUGCAGCAUCUCAUGGACAAGACGGGCCAGAAGAUUGAUGUCGAUGUACUCAUUGCGCAGAAUGAGGUGGAAGCGUUGCGCUUGAUGCGGCGCAGAACUAAGAUCCAUGCUCUCAGAAAGAAGACGUUCAAGAAGUUGGCCAAGGCAGACCCGAAGGGUGGAGUUGAUGGGGAGAAGAAUAUACGACAGAGAGGCGUUGAUGUUGAUGCAGGAGACGAAGACGAAGAAGAAGACGACAUGGAUGAUGCUGAUCAGGCGGAGCUCGAUAUCAUCAAUGCUUACGCCUCUUUGAGAAGCAAGUCGAUCCUAUCGGUCCUCCCAAACCGACAUUCUCUGUCUCAGCCGGAAGAUAUCACUGUCACUGCUUCACAUUCACAUUCACAUUCGAUAUCGGCAGACCCGGCCACGAAAGGUGCCAGCCCGUACCCACAACCUCGUCGACAACUCGCCCAAGAGUCCUUCUACAGCAUCGACACUAUCGUCAACGGCAACGUCAACGCGCCGGCACCGGCAGUCACUUCCGACGGUCUAGGAGGCACCGACGAGGUGUCUGCUCACGGCCUCAGACCCGCAGAGGAUGUCUACGUGCCUCCUCGGCAAGCAUGGAAGCGACCGCAGCCACAAACACAGUCAACCGCCUCGCGAACUAAGAAGUUUCCUCAACCUUCUAUGCUGCCAGCUGGGUCUCGGGAGUCAUGGGAGAUAAUGCCUCCAAUGGAGAGCUCGUCCACCGUUUUUCCGUCAACGGCGACGUCACAUCCUCCAACCAAACCCAGAGGGAAGCAGUCACAUCAGGACCCGGGAGUGUCAACGUACCAACUACCGCGACACUCGAUCAGUGCCUCUAUCCCUCGUCACCGCGAUGGCCAGAAACAACCUUGUCCAGCAGAUACUUAUGUGAACCUUCUUGAUCCGACACCCUUCCAGGCCGGCCAGCCUUUGAAAAUGAAUCAAACAUCGAACAGACCCUACGGUGGUCUAGACUUGUGCAAUAGUAUCUACGGAUCUGAAUCGGACAUGUACACUGUUCAAACACCGAUUCCCGACUCGUGUGCUCGGCCUUCACCAAACCCGACAAAUCUUGCAGACGAAACUAAGGUGGAGGCCGUUCCUAUAUACAAGGCCCCCAACGCUUCUGUGUCUAGUACGACUGUCAGCACUAUCUGGGGCGGAAUGUAUGCGAGUGGGAUGGUGUAUCGGGAAGAUCUGGGUUGGUUUUAUGUCGAAGGGAAGUAG